AUGCCGUUUUUGCCGCUCAGGACGUUGUUUGUCUUACUAGCGUAUACGCAAGUCUUAAAUUCCCUGUGGACCGAUGGCGAAGUGCGGACUAAAGAAAGCGAUAACGCUGGCACCCACUUGACGAGAACUUUCCACUGGGCCUCUCGGGAGAGCCAUCAAAACAAGGCAAGAGAGCACCACGCCACAGGUGCAGCAGCGGCAAUUAGCAAAGCUGCUCCCAACUCCACGCGUCCUUGGGGAAAAGUAAAGGAGACGAGAAAACCCGCGCGCAAUAACAGUAACAAUAAACCCAACUUGAAUAAGACAGUGACAGCCGUAGAGGACGCGAACGCUGCUUCACACUGGGACCCAACGCGGCAACAUAAUAACAAGAGGAUAAAGUUGAAUGGCGGGCUUAGUGGUUCAGCAGGUGGACACUACAAUGCGCCUAAGCUCUCUUCACUGGUUAUGGACGAGGAGGGAGGCGACAGGCGUAAAAGCGUCUCCAAAGAAGAGGGGCAGAAGAAAGCAGUGCCUAAAAAGGGAAAGACUCGGCGAAACAAAAGCGAAAUUGUUGCGGCACAAGCGCACUCCGCGUCUUGGGAACCCAUGCCCAAACCUUUGGCGCUUACGUCCACGGAUCUGCCCUUUGACCUUUUCACGAAGCGGAACGACUACUUCUACACUUUUAGGGGAGAGGAGAAUCCUUGGGAUGCGACCCCCAUGACGCCUCCGAGCUCACUGGAUUUUGUGGAUGAAAUUAAGAACCCGUUUUGGCCAGUGACAAGUGAGACCUACGGGGCGUACGCGAUCACGUGCGUCUCAGGGGUGAUUUUUCUAGUGGGGAUAGCGGGGAAUAUCGCUAUCCUGUGUAUCGUGUGUCAGAACUACUACAUGAAGAGCAUCUCCAACUCCCUCUUGGCUAAUUUGGCGGUGUGGGAUUUUGUUCUCAUCUUGUUCUGUCUGCCCAUGGUGGUUUUUCAUGAACUGACCAAGUCCUGGCUCUUGGGAGAAUUCACCUGCAAAGUUGUGCCCUACGUGGAGGUUGCUUCUUUGGGUGUAACUACAUUCACACUCUGCGCGCUCUGCAUUGACCGCUUCCGUGCCGCCACCAAUGUCCAAAUGUACUACGAGAUGAUCGAGAACUGCACCUCCACAACUGCCAAAUUAGCCGUCAUUUGGAUCGGCGCUCUGCUUUUGGCCCUACCUGAGCUCCUCAUACGACAGCUGGUGGUCGAAGACACUGGCAUUCCAGACGAACCCCCCGUGGAACGCUGCAUCAUCCGCAUUUCCACCUCUUUGCCGGACAUGCUCUACGUUCUCGGCCUCACCUACGAAGGCGCUAGGCUGUGGUGGUGUUUCGGAUGCUACUUUUGCUUGCCAACUUUGUUCACGAUUGGUUGCUCAUUGGUGACGGCACGCAAAAUCCGUCGCGCGGAGCAGGCCAGCGUCCGAAGCAACAAGAAGCAAAUCCGGUUGGAGAGUCAAAUGAACUGCACUGUUGUGGCGUUGGCUAUAGUCUACGGAGCAUGUGUAGUGCCAGAGAACAUUUGUAAUAUAGUCUCUGCGUAUAUGGCCGCUGGAGUCCCAGAGCAUACCAUGUCUGUACUCCACCUCCUCUCCCAGCUUUUGCUCUUCUGUAGGGCUGCAGUUACCCCAGCCCUGCUACUCCUCCUCUGUAGACCCCUUGGACGAGCGUUUUUAGACUGCUGCUGCUGCUGUUGCUGUAACCAUUUGCCCUCUUCAGCGACUGGCAGUGAUGACAAUGAACACGAAUGCACCACCGAACUGGAGUUGUCCCCUUUUAGCACUAUCCGCAGAGAGUUGAGUAACUACACCCCCGCUGGCUCCAACUGCUAA